AGAAGUGUAAAGGGUUUCAAUCAAUUGCUUAUACAUUUGCUGUGAAUAUUAUUGUCUUACGUGGAACUCUGUUUGAUAUGUUCCGCUAAUAUUUUUCAAUAACUAGAAGAUGUCGGAUUACGACAAGUAUGCGGAGCAAUUGCGGCAUCCCGACAAUCCAAUCGUUUUCAUGGAAAUGACCGCAGGAGGUGCUCCGCUUGGAACGAUAGUGAUGGAAUUAUUUGCCGAUGUCACACCCAGAACUGCCGAAAAUUUUCGCCAGUUUUGUACAGGGGAAUUCCGUAAGGAUGGCGUUCCUGUUGGCUACAAGAACAGUCAAUUUCAUCGCGUGAUCAAGGAUUUCAUGAUACAAGGAGGUGAUUUUGUCAAUGGUGAUGGAACUGGCAUGAUGAGUAUCUAUGGUGCAAAAUUUCGGGACGAAAAUUUUGAAUUACAGCACAAUGGGCCAGGAAUCCUCUCAAUGGCAAACGCUGGAACUGAUACUAAUGGUUGCCAAUUUUUCAUUACUUGUGCGAAAACAGAUUUUCUUGAUGGGAAGCAUGUUGUGUUUGGUCGUGUGCUGGACGGUUUGUUAACGGUGCGAAAAAUCGAAAAUGUUCAAACUGGAGCUAAUAAUAAACCGAAGAUACCAAUCCUUGUUGCGCAAUGCGGGCAGUUAUAGAUCACGAUCUCUUAUUAUUUAUUGUUUUGUUUUUGUUUGUGCAAAUGAAUAUUGCUGUCUGCGGUC